ACGUGUGAACAAGUGUCCUUCCAGAAAGGAGCGGUAAAAGAGAAACGCAGCGCUGAUUUAACACCACCUGCUUUAUAUCGCUAUCGUUGCCUCUCUGGUGCUUUAAAACAAAAACAAACCACAACUCGUGUGCCCGGCGUGCGUGUGGCCCGGAUUCCUUUGCCAAGCGCCAAGGCCGAGCUGCUUCAUAUACUUAACAUGGCAUCAAAACUUCAUCAAAAAGCUUUUUCUCAGUGUGAGAAGAUGUUUGUGGUGCUGGGCAGCCCUUUGGGAAAAAUUGAGAUAUCUGGAUGCAAGCUGGGGGUCCAUGAAAUCCACCUGGAGCAAAAUGCUGUGCUACAAAAUGGCCCUGCAGAUGCAUCUGUGUCUUGUGAAGUAUGUGAAGCCUCAGAGGAAACAGCGGAGCCGCUGAAACAGUGUGUGGCUUGGUUUCAGGCCUAUUUCUGUGAACCCUGGAUGAUAGAGAAGCUUCCGGUGCCCCCUUUUCACCACCCGCUGCUGGAGAACGCUUCAUUCACCAGAGAAGUGUUGUGGACCCUGUUGAGAGAUGUGAAAUUUGGAGAGGCAGUUUCUUACAAGCAAUUAGCGGACCUGGCAGGCAACAGCAAGGCAGCCAGAGCUGUGGGAGGAGCAAUGAGAAGCAAUCCUGUCCCUAUUAUAAUACCGUGCCACAGAGUGAUUUGCAGCAGUGGACAGACUGGCAACUACACAGGAGGAAGUCAUCUGAAAGAGUGGCUUUUGUCACAUGAGAAGCUUCAGAAGGAAAAGUUAGCAUAUUGAUGCAGUUCAGGCACAGCUGUUAUUCAGCCAAAACACAUAACCAAAGAUACUUGGCUUAUAACAAGCUUUCAGAACACACAGUAGAAUUCAGGAAAAUGGUAAAUAUUUGAGUGACAUAUAAAUAUAAUACAACAUCCGAAGCGAAAUGUGUGGUGGCACUACUAUAUUAAAAAAGCUGAGUAUGUCCUAAGGGAUACAGCUUGUAUGGCCUUUCUUGUUUUUACAUUUUACAGCAGAAUGAGUACAGCGGACUGUGCCUGUUGUGCAUGUAUUUUGUUCCCAUCUCUAGUGCUGUUUUGUUCUAUUUUUAAUGUCCAUUAAAGCAAGGAUAAGGGAGUGGGAGGGGCAUGGCAAAUGUUAGAUGCAACUGCCCCUCUAAGGAAGCAUCUGGCUCGCAGAGGGGACAGCCGGGAAUCCACAGCCUUCGCGUGUAUUCGGAGAGCCAAAUUAAAUGCAUAAGCUUCAGCACACACCUCCCCCUGUUCCUGCCUGGAUUUGUAUUUGUCCAAAUUGAAAAGCUUGUACCUCUGCCAGGCUUGGUGCCCAAGAUUCUCCUGUUUUCUUUGAUGUUUGAACUGUUGAAAUGAUGUUUUACGUAAACAGUUGUUAAUGAAACGCACUGAAAACCCAUUCAAAAGGAAACGGCUAUUGAAUUGCCUAUUCACAGCUUUUCUUUUCAGAUCAUUGUAGAUGGCUAAAAAAGAUAUGAAUAAAAAUAUUUUGUCUCCAUUAGCAUUGCUUGAUGUAGGCAGAAAAAACAGAUGCUGGAAAGCAGUUUAACGACAAAACAAAUAUUUUUAUAAAAAUUAUGCUGCUGUGUUAGUUACCUUUUGCCAUAAUUUAGAAGUAUAUUUUUUAAAAAAAAUAUUUCAGAUCAACAAAGCUUCUGGUUUUUUCUUAGCAUUUGCUUUUUAAAAUUUUUUCACAUAGGUUAUACAGUACUCGGGAUUGUAAAAAGCAAGAGCUAUGCAUUAUAUUAAACAUAUAAUGCUAUCCAGAAAAAAUAUAGUCAGCCAAAGGACACUGAAACUAAACUUUCUGGUUAUUUAGAAAGAACUCAAUGUAAGUAAAAUAUUACAAACCACCACAAACUCAAAUUUUCAUUGAGGGAAUCAUAAAUAGUAGCACAGUAAUACUGAUUUUUAUAUUUUUAUCACAUUCUUAUAUAUACGUUGCUUUAGAAGGCUGAUUGCUAACAAAAAUUAUUGUGUUAGGUUACUCCAUUAAUGUUGUGUUACUGAGAUGUUAGAAUUACUUUAUUAAAACCUGUUAUGCA